AUGGACGUCGUUAAUGCCCUCGUCCCAGGUUUUCUCGACCCCAUAUUCGAUAUUCUCGAAGACAACCUACCGCCUGCUCUCUUUAACUUCAUCCUCACCGUUAUUUCCCAUUCCUUCGCAUUAUGCGCAACUGCAUUCCGCCUCGUUAAUGGUUUGAUGGCCAAGAACCCAGAGGAAUGGGACUUACAAACCCUACUCCCCCCAAUUGUAACAAUCCUCGCUGCAUACCUGGCGCUCUCGAGCUUGUAUCGCACCACCAGUUGGCUGAUCAGGUUGACCAUUUGGAUGAUUAAAUGGGGGACCCUCCUUGCAGCCUUUAGUCUCGGAGCAGGAUGGCUGGCCGCGGUCAACAGCAUGGGAGGAAACCCUCAGGAUGCACUGGCCAAUUUGGGGACAAAGGCAGCUGGGUGGUUGAAUGAAUUAGCGUCUGGUAAUGGGGGAAAUGGGGCCCCGCGAACCAGGGCAGCAAGGCCGUCGUCCAACUAUCGACCUUGGAAGAAAUUCGAAAGCCCCAACGAAUGGCCUCCUCACGAGGUGAUCCCCGAGAAUCUUGACGAAGCUCAGAAGAUUAUGAAGAACAUCGUCGACAGUGCGAAUCAGGUCUUUGACGGUUCAAGUUGGUGGUGGCAAGCUGGGAAGGCUAUGAUGGGAUCCACGGAUACUUUUUUCUAUCCAAAAGUCGUAUAA